AUGUCGGAACAAGUCGAUCAGCCAGUCGAUCAGCAGGUCGACCUCACCACCAUCCCCAUCGACCCCACCGGCGACAAGGGCCAGGAUUCCCCCGCCGACCGAGAUGACGAACUGAUCACCGUGUUCCACAACAAGGACAACUUCAACGUUAAGCACCCCCUGCAGAACAAAUGGACGUUGUGGUUCACGAAGCCCUCCAGUGGCAAGGGCGACAACUGGAACGAUCUUCUUAAGGAGGUCAUCACGUUUAAUUCGGUCGAGGAGUUCUGGGGGAUUUAUAACAACAUCGCGCCCGUCUCCGAACUGGCACUGAAAUCGGACUACCACCUCUUCAAGGAGGGCGUGCGGCCGGAGUGGGAGGACCCCCAGAAUAAGCAUGGCGGCAAGUGGUCCUACCAGUUCAAGGAGAAGCGCAACGUAGACAUCAACGACCUAUGGCUCCAUACGAUGCUGGCCGUCAUCGGCGAGACCCUCGAGGAAGAGGAGGACGGCGAAGUGAUGGGUGUCGUCGUCAACGUCCGCAAGGCCUUCUACCGCAUCGGUGUCUGGACACGAACCAUUGGUAAGAGCAUCCCGGGUCGUGGAGACGGCGACGUCGCCGGUGGCAAGGGACGUUCGGUCGAGAAGGGCCAGCGGAUUCUGCACGCUAUCGGAAAGCAGUUCAAGGAGAUCCUCAAGCUGCCCCCGAGCGAGGUCGUCGAGUUCUCCGGCCACACCGACUCCGCCCACAGCGGCAGCACCCGAGCCAGGUCCAAGUUCACCGUCUAA